CAAACGCCAAAGCUGUCACCAGCAUUGAGAGUGACAGUUUCCGAAGGCUCUGGAAAACAUGGGCCGUUGAGGGACUAUAAAUUCCAUUCCCAUUCCCAUUCUCAUUCCCCUGUGCUCCUCUGUAAUAUUCGUAUUUGCUGGGUCAGGGGAUAUACGAAUCGGAGCUCCGAAUUUAAGACUCUUAAUUCGAAAUUCCAAUUGGAUCGCCCAGCACUCUCUCCAACUCCAAAGUUCGUUCUUCUGUGACAAUUUUCACCCAUUCUUCUUUCUUUUUUAUUUUUGCUUAUUAUUAUUAUAAUGCCCCGUUUGGAGAAGCAGAAAUGCAGCAUCAUUUCAAGUCUUACAUUUUUAAUGCGUUUCCAAAACUUAAUAGUUUAAUUGAUGUUGUCAAUUGUUUGCGAUUGCUUUUGUUUGCUGAUUAAUUUUGGUUUUACGGUUGUAAUUUGUGCGUUUGUGAUAUUUGUUGAUGUUUCUGGAAACUCAAUUUUGAACGUAAUACUUAUACACGUUAGAAAGUUGUUGCACAUAUUAUAUGGAAGAAAAUGUGAAAACAAUUUUUUUUAGCUAUAAGGAAGUUUUAUGUGUUUGGAAAUUAAUAAGAAGACACUUCUUUGCUUGUUGUAUGGAUGGGUAAGGUGCCAGAACAUAGGGGAUUCGGGAGUGCAAAAAUUUAAGGUUCGAGGUGGAAGAGUGAUUUUGUUGGUGUCGCUAGUGUGUACAACUGUGCAUAGAAAUGUUUUCCAGGAAAUUGUACUUAGUGUCCAAAGUGGACACCCAAUUGCAGAUUAUACACUACAAGGAUACUCUGUUUAUUAAUGGAAGAGUGGCCCGAAAAGUACAUCUUUUACUGCCAUUUUGAUACACUUUGUCCGCAAAACUUUUAACAUCUACAAAUGUAUAGGAUUUGGAACUAAUUUUGGUAUCGUUGAAGCAUCUUAUGGGAUUUCCUUUCGCAUAAUUCAUGACAAUUAUGCUUUUGUUUCUUUGCCCAUUGUGAAUUGUGAAAGGGUCGGCUUAAUGCUUGCACCUAUUGUUUGGUCGAUGAUAAUUAUCAGUACCAAUCUGUCUCUUUCUUCAUCCAGCUUACAUUUCAUCUAGGCUUGGUCAAGUUGCUUGAAGAGACAAACCUAUUUUGAUUAUGGAUAGGGACUUCAUGUUCUUGAAUUUUCAAUAUGGUUAUGCAGUCCUUGGAGUAAUUCGAAUGUUCCUUUUGGCAAAGGGGUCUAUCGAUCACAUAUUGAUUUGACAAGUGAACUCACUAAAAAAAAAUUCUGAUUUGGCCAAAAGGAAUCUAUCAAGGUGCAGACUAUAUGAAAUUUAUAAAAGGUUAAAUUAUCGGUCCUUAUAGUUUCAUUGAAUUUUCAAAUUGGUUUUUGUACUUUGUAAAUUUUUAACAAAAGUUUUUAUUUUUAAAAAUUUGAAAUAGGUUCUUAUUGUUUAACUAACUAUUCAAUUUAACCCUUACCAAAUAUAAUUUUUUCUAAUUAAGUCCACUAUAAACGUACAGUAAUAACAAUACAGAAUGGUCUGCAUAGACUAUAAACAAUCAUUAGUGGAGGGUUAGCUGAUUGGACCUAUCAAAACUCUAAAGAGGGCCUUUGAAAGAGCUUAUUUGGGUUUAUGAAAGUAGUUCAUGACCUUCUUUUUUGUAAGUCUUUUUUAGUUUAUUUUAAUAAGCUCUGUGGGGAAGUUUAUCAAAAUUAAGUUUUUCUUGGCUUAUUUUAAUGGGUUGUAAACUUCACUGACAUGUUUAUAAAUAAGUUCACAUUUGAUAUUAAGAGCUUAUUAGAAAGUGUUUGAUUAAAUUGUUUACCCAAAUACACCCUAAAAGUAGGAGGCUACCAUAUAAAACUUUUAUAUUAUAAAGGCUUAAAAAUUUGGUGAAACUAUAAGGACCAACAGAGUAAUUAAUGUGCUAAGUAUUUGCUUUUGGUAAGUUUCAGUUUUUGGAGGAGUCAAUGCAGAACUGCCAAGUAAGUAUAGUGGGAUUUGUUCCAGGAGUUCUUCAAGGAAUCAAGUGAUCAUUCAAUGCUAUUGGUUUCUAUUUACCUCUAGAAGCUGCCAAGCAAUCCAGUGCUACAUUGGUGUUUAUGUGGAAUUAUUGUAUGUGCACUUGUUUUGGUCACUAGGCUUACUGCCUUCUUCUAGAUAGCUUAUAAUCUUAUCUAAAGAUAGCUAGCAUCAUGGGAGAGGUAGCAGUAAUGCACUCUGAGCCUCUGCAGUUUGAGUGCCAUGACAUGAAGCACAUGACUGACAAAGAUGUGUAUAAUCUUCCAUCAAAUGCAGAGCAAAUACUUGGAGAAGAGUCGAGUCAAUCAACAGCCCACAAAGAGAUCAAUGACUCACAAGAGAGAGGAUAUAUGGAAUAUGGAUGUCAACAUUACCAAAGAAGAUGCCGUAUUAGAGCCCCCUGUUGCAAUGAGAUUUUUGAUUGCCGCCAUUGUCACAAUGAGGCAAAAAAUAAUAUCAACAUCGAUAAGAAGCAGAGACAUGAUAUUCCCCGCCAUCAAGUUAAACAGGUGAUUUGUUCACUUUGUGGGACUGAACAAGAGGUUCAGCAACACUGUAUCAACUGUGGUGUCUGUAUGGGCAAGUACUUCUGUGGGACUUGUAAACUCUUUGAUGAUGAUGUAUCUAAGCAACAGUACCAUUGCAGUGGCUGUGGAAUUUGCAGAACUGGAGGAAGUGAAAAUUUCUUCCACUGCUACAAGUGUGGUUGUUGCUACUCAACUCUGCUGAAAAACAGUCACCCUUGUGUGGAAGGAGCAAUGCAUCAUGAUUGCCCCAUUUGUUUUGAGUUUUUGUUUGAAUCUGUGAAUGAUGUCACUGUUUUGCUGUGUGGACAUACAAUCCAUAAGAGCUGCCUCAAGGAAAUGAGGGAACAUUUCCAGUAUGCUUGCCCCCUCUGCUCAAAGUCGGUUUGUGAUAUGUCAAAGGUAUGGGAGAAAUUUGACUUGGAGAUUGCGGCUACACCAAUGCCCGAACCGUAUCAAAACAAAAUGGUUUGGAUCCUUUGCAAUGAUUGUGGCAAAACUUCUCACGUUCAGUUCCAUCUUGUUGCACAAAAGUGCUUGAACUGCAAAUCCUACAACACACGACAAACAAGAGGCUGAGCAAGUGGCAUGAUUAUUUAUCGAUUUCUAUAGGACUGAAUUUGCUUUCACUUCAUUCCUGUGAACGUAGUGGCAACCCAAGUGCAACUUCAGAGUAUGAGGAAAAUGCAUGCACGUGUGGAAUUUCAGUUUUCUACUACAGGCUGAACCCCAUCCAAGGAAGAGGAGCGGGUUUUCACGUUGGUUUGGUGUCGGGGAUCAGGUCAGCAGUUGUUUUGUCGGUUGUUUUUGGUUGGGGGUAAUUGUUUGCUGUUGCCCUUUUAGUUUUAUGUUUAUUUUGGAUAUGUAAACUUUCAAAUUAGCUUUGUUACUCGAUAUAUUUGUAGAAUCUUACUAGGACAACGAUGAACAUGUUACCUAUCCGAAAGUUGAACUUGGGUUUACAUAAACCCAUUUUAAGAAAAGUACUGCAUUGUGUUCCUGAAUUUAAUCAUAACCUAGAAAAUGAGAAUUGCAGUUU